UUAACUGCCGACCAGUACAGGGAGUUUGAUGGCCGCUAUAAUCAGGCCAAGUGCGCGAUGCAGGACAGGGCCGAAAAGAUCAGCACAGUUUUGGCAACACUAGAGCGCGAUAUGGAGUUACUGUGCCUAACAGGUGUUGAGGACCGGCUGCAGGAGGGAGUGGCGCAGACACUGAAGGGACUGAUGGACGGCGGCAUAAAGGUAUGGAUGUUGACGGGCGACAAACUGGAGACCGCCAUCAGUAUAGCCAAGUCAUCGCAAUUGGUGUCCAAAAUGCAGGAAUUUCACAUUUUCCCGGCGGUAACCGAGCGCCAGGACGCGCAAAAGGAGCUCAACAAUUUCGCCCGUGUGAGCGAUUUGCCCUUGGUCAUCCGGGGCGAAGACCUAGAGCUACUCAUGAAAUACUAUUCGACCGAGUUCUUCGAGUUGGCCGCCCAGUGUCCGGCAGUGGUCUGUUGCCGGUGCUCUCCCACCCAAAAGGCCGAAGUGGUGCGCCUCAUACAGGAGCGCACCGGCGCGCGCACGUGCGCUGUGGGCGACGGGGGUAACGACGUGUCGAUGAUACAGACCGCCGACGUGGGCGUGGGAAUUGUGGGCAAGGAGGGCCAGCAAGCUAGUUUGGCGGCCGAUUUUUCAAUCACCCAGUUCAGCCAUAUUUACCGCUUGAUACUAAUGCACGGUCGCUAUAGUUACCAGCGGUCGGCCACUUUGGGUCAGUUUAUUAUAUACAGGGGUAUUAUAAUAACGGUGUGUCAGGCAAUAUUUUCGGCCGUAUUCAACGUGGUCUCCAUACCGUUAUAUGCGUCAUUCCUGUACAUUGGCUACGCCACUAACUAUACCAUGUUUGCCGUGUUUAGCCUGGUACUAGACAGAGAUGUGCCGCCCCGGCUAGUCAUCAGCUAUCCGGAGCUGUACAAACAGAUGAAGGGACGACCA